UGAAUAAAAUGGGAGAAGACGUGUUGGGAAGUCCAAGAGCCUCGCACUCCCUCCCGUUUUCAGAUCACCUUACUAUGGCUUUCCAUUUUCCCAUCUCAUUGUUCCUAUUUCCAGAAAUUCCAAAUUUUAUUUCUACUUAUCAGCUUCUAAGCAAUGUCAUCGUCAGAGAAACCGGAAAAGGGUGGAAGAUUUUUCCGGAACAAAGACAAGGAGGAUAAAGAAGAUGAAAAAAAGGAUGGUGGAUUUGUUGAGAAAGUUAAGGACUUCAUCGAAGAUGUUGGUGAAAAAAUUGAGGAAAAAGUAGGAUUUGGGAAACCAACAGCAGAUGUUACUGCAGUUCACUUCCCUCAUAUCAAUCUUAAAAAGGCUGAAAUAGUAGCAGAUGUGCUACUGAAAAACCCAAACUCCAUUCCAAUCCCUCUCAUCGACAUAAACUACUUGAUCGAGAGUGAUGGAAGGAAACUGGUUUCUGGAAUGAUCCCUGAUGCUGGAACAAUCCAUGCACUCGGUUCAGAAACUGUCAAAAUACCCGUUAAUUUGGUUUAUGAUGACAUAAAAAGUACGUAUCGUGAUAUAAAGCCUGGAAGCAUCAUUCCCUAUAGGAUCAAGGUAGACCUCAUUGUUGAUGUACCUGUUUUUGGUAGGCUAACUUUGCCUCUUGAGAAAAAGGGCGAGAUUCCUGUACCUCACAAGCCGGAUAUUGAUCUUGAGAAGAUCCAUUUUAAGAAAUUCUCUUCCGAAGAAACGGUUGCUGUUCUUAAAUUGAAGUUAGAAAACAAGAAUGACUUUGACCUAGCGCUUAAUGGACUUGAUUAUGAUGUUUGGCUAUCCGAUGUCAACAUUGGUGGUGCUGAGCUCGAGAAAUCUGCUAAGAUUGGAAAAAAUGGAAUCAGCUACAUGGAUCUUCCUAUAAUGUUCAGGCCGAAGGAUUUUGGUUCUGCUCUUUGGGACAUGCUCAGAGGGAGAGGUACUGGCUACACCAUGAAAGGUCAUAUUAAUGUGGACACGCCAUUUGGAGCAAUGAAGUUACCUAUCAACAAGGAGGAUGGCACAACCUGUCUCAAGAAGAAAAAAGAAGACGGGGGAUCAGAUGAUGAUGAAGAUGAGGAUUAAUUGGAGUUGGGGAUCACCUUUGCAAGAGGAACACUAAGGCCAUCAACAUUUGCCGGUCCCAAAGUAACUGUCACAAAGGCGUGCGUGUGAUAUUUGUCUACCUAGAAAGAGGCUUGGAAUUAUUUCAACUGAUAUUUUGCAAAGGGACUAGUUGGUUCAUGAGUCAUUCAUCUUAUCUGCUGACAUAACCAUUCUGAAUUCUCCAUGACUUCAUUCUUAUCUUUUGUCAUAUGACAAAUCUGUACUAGUAUGAUAAAAAUAAGAACCAGAAGAUAAAUACAUCAUCUCUUUCUGAAAGGAAAGUUGCCUGGGUGUCUUGCUGGAGCCUAAUUAACCUACCUGUGUGUUUGAUUACAUAAUGU